AUGUCGACUGCAUUCGAUUCACAACUCAAAUCAAUUCUUCAACCACUAUCAGCAACAACUGAUGGACACGGAGAUCCUGUUCUUGCCGCAGUGCAAGCCAACGAUCCACACACAUUGCAAAUUCUCAUUCGUGCUGGUUAUUCGAUCAGUUCAAUCGAUCCCUUAAAUGGACGAUCACUUCUCCAUACGGCAACUUACCUCGGCCAUACCGAAGUAGUACGACGUUUGUUAAAAGAAGGAGUUAACACUUCACUCUACGAUCGAGAUGGUAAAACGUGCCUACAUGUUUCGGCUGCCUAUGGUUACAGUCAAAUCUUAACUCUCCUUCUCGAGUAUGAAACUCAUGUCGAUCAUUUCGACUAUGAUAACAAUACUCCAUUACAUAUGUCUUGUAAAUUCGGUCAUAAUGAAUGUUGCCGACUGUUAAUCUAUGCUGGUGCGAAUUUAAAUCCAGUCAAUCGUGAUGGCGAUACACCAUUGCAUUCUGCUAUUCGUUAUAAACAUGCAGGCUGUACAGCAAUAUUGAUUCAUGCUGAUGCUUCGUUGAAUAUUCGAAAUGGUCGACAUGAAUUGCCCAUUGAAUUAGCUCGACGCUUAGGUCAUCAUAAAAUUUAUCAUUUGAUUUCGCAAAAUCUCUCCUCUCAAACCUUAUCAAAUUCGUCCGAGCAGUUUUCCAGUCCGAAUGCAUCUAUUACAUUGAAUGAAUUUGAAAAACAAUGGCGACAAUUUCAUUUACUGAUCCAAACGCGCAUGUUGGCAAAUCAACAUCAGUUGGAAGAACAGAUCGAUUCGUUGAAAGAAGCUCUAGAGAAAAAUCAACUUAAACAAGCGGUGAUUCAUCGCAAACUUCAGUUCUUAACUAAAUUAUGUCUGCAACAAAAUAACGAAACAAAUCAAUACCACACUCUUCUUUAA